AUGGCUGAGUUAACCGUCAAAUGCCUUUUGUACGCUGAUGAUCAAGUCAUACUUGCGUCGUCGGUGGCUGAGUUGCAAAUGAUGGUUACAUUAAUGAACAGGACAUUAAAAGAAAAGGGAAUGAAAGUGAACGCAAAGCCAUGCUGUAGCUAUAUUAGUAGUAGGUAUAGUUGUAGCACGAAUGGGUCGGCUAAAACUAAUAACCGGCGAGAUCAAAUUUGGUUUGUACGCGAACUGUAA